AUACAAAUUAGUUUCAUACGAAUGAUACAAGCGAUAAAUACAUUAGUACUUUAAAGAUAAUAAGUAUAUAGUAGCUCUAAAUAAGAUAAGUUCUUAUCGUAUUAUGUUAAAUAAAAUUUAACGUCUUUAAAAUGUUAGACGGAACGAUAAGUAAAAAAUUGAGUAAUAUAUUUGUUAGUAAACCAGCAUUUAUUCACGAAGACGACAAGUGUAUGGUUUUUGAAGAACAAUUCAACCCACAAGCUCCCAUACACUUUCUGGUUGUGCCUAAACGAAUGAUAUCACACCUCACAACAGCCUCAGGCGAAGAUGAAAAAUUAUUAGGGCAUUUAAUCCUGAUAGCGGGAAAAAUAGCUGAAGAAAAGGGAUUGCUACAAAAUGGUUACCAUAUGAUGGUCGAUGAAGAUCACAAGACAUCGAGAUUUAAAUGCUUGCAUGUUUUUGGUAGAGCACUUCAACAUAUGAUUUGGCCAAUUGGACCCGCAAGUAGACUUUAAGACAGGAGAAAACAUUUUUCAAAAGAUUGAUUAAUUAAGGUUUUGGAUUUCAA